GAGGCACGAAGCUCAUAAGAAGCUGCUACCUAUUGUUCGCAAAGCCCGCAAUCACUCCACAGGCUUGUUUGAGAAGCCGUGUUAAGCCACAGCCGCCGGCUGUGCACCAUCAAUCUCCUGCAAGUAUGAAUCCACUCCAGUAUAGCACCCAAAUGCGGACGAGGCAAUGCCAACGCGAGCUAUACAUCGAGUCUUGCGUUCAGUACACACUUUCGCCGUCAACAAUAAGAAUCUAUGCUUUCCCAUUGUCAGUCAUCGCAGGCUCCGAGACUUCACAGACUUGCAUUCAGAAGCAGAACUGCCUGAAUGGCUGAUUCUGUCAGCCAUGGGAGUGACGUGUUGCCACAAUGGCCGGAUGGCACUCGUUACUUGACCCAGAUCACCAAGACCGAUCACGCAGGUUGGCUUUGGAUUAUCACCCUGCUGUCGUUCGUCUACGUUGUCUCAACAUUCGUUAUACGAUUCGUGGUGAAAUAUGGAAUGUAUGGCCAGGAUGACUGGGCUUUGUUGGCGUCGACUGUAGCCGCUGUUGGCCAAUACACCGCACUGCUUGCUGCACUGAGUAACGGCUUGGGCAAGAGCUUCAUACUACUGUCCACCGACCAGAUCAGUAUCAUCGAAAAGUACACUACUGCAUCUACCGUCUUGUACAUACUGGCACAUUCUUUAUCGAAGGUCUCGACAGCUCUCCUCACCCAGCGAUUGUUCGAAAAGGGACGGAAACGAAGCUCAGUGGUACUCUCCUGGCUACUGGUCUGCAUAUCAGCAUUGUACGGGCUGAUUGGCAUACUUGCUGCACUCAUCACUUGUUCAAGUCCAGCUUUUCCACAUCCCGGAAGCAUCUCAUGUCCCAAUCGUCCUGCCAGAUGGCAGAUCAUACUCACCCUGGACAUGGUCUCGGAGGUCCUACUUGUCAUCGUUCCACUGGUUCUGGUACUGAAGGUCUUGAUUGAAAGAUCAGCGAAGAUCACAGUCACGACAAUCUUCGCAUUCAGAUUGAUGGAUGUUGUGUUUGCCGCACUAAAUUUAAGUCAAAUCAGCAUGUUCCGAGAUGGCAAGGGCUACGGCGCUGACCUUGUGCUACCCUUCAUCUGGACCGAGACCGAGCUGUUCUGGUCUAUCGUCUCAGCCUCGCUGCCAUGUCUGAAGACAUUUAUGCGGCCGUUUGAUAAAGUCGACGAGGAGACGUGGCGAUCUGGUCAAGGCUAUUCGUCCACGACAUCUGGUGCUAGCUGGGGAGCAAGACAGAAUUCCGGUCGCAGGAGUUCAAUCCCACUCAAGGAAAUCAAGCUUCGUCAAGACAGUACUAUCGGAAGCACUCUUGGGACCAUUCCUGACUCUGUGCUCAUAUCCGAAGAAGCUUUCCACGCUUCAUCGCUGGGUUCAGGACAAGAGGCUGCGAGGCAAAGCUGGGCAUCACAGGAUCAUGUUACUCCUGCAUCAGGACAACGAGCCAGUACAGCGAAUAUUAUUGAUGAGAUUACCCAUUGCUGAGAUACAUACCAAGAGCACGGGCGAAUCCCGAACCAGAUAUGCUCACAAAGACCCUAUUGCCUUGCAAUCGUUUGCUGGCUCUCAGACACAAAAUUACAUCAGAGCCGCUCCACCGGAUCAUCACCCAUGCGUGAGUGGAUACUUUAAACAUAUAGACAGCAACGCAAAUUAUAUCACUGACACCGUACCCUCAUACGACUGACGACCCCCAAGAGACCGUGCUUCAAUGUACACACGAAGAUUGUCGAUGUCGAGGGCGAGUGAAGGGCUUGAUAGUGCCGCCGCUGCCUGGACGCCAAGAUUCACAGGCGCGCUAAGGCGCAUUAUUCACUUGCGGUGCAGCACAGGACAGUGAAAACACCUUCACUAUUGUUGCUAACACAAUAUGCCUAAUCUAGCACCACUCAGGAUCAACCUCUUGCUUGCUUCGACACUCUCCGCCGAAUCUUCAUGCGGCGGCCUCACCAAGGCACAUCAAUUGGCAAAGCUUGACAGAGCUAGUUCCGUCUCUGCCUUUACACGCAGCGCAGACCGCAUUCGCAAUCCAUCAUGUUCCUGCACGCUUUGACUGCGUCGGAACGCGAUCGCAAUUUCCGCGUCUACAGCGACAGAAUGAGGUUCCACGUCAAUGUCCCGACAUCGUUCGCACAGAAGCUGGAAUCAAGGAUGAAUACACAUCGUAGCAAAAGGAAGGAAAACACAAUUCCCGUGGACAUACAGACCCUAGCAAUGCUCCGAAAGACCUGUAGUCUGAAGAAGAAAUUGCAGCACGUAAUCUUUGAAAGCGAAGCUCUUUCCAAGCAACUCGAGAUCACCACGGCUCUCCUCAAGUGGGAGGUGCAACUAGAGACCUUCAACUCAGAAUCGGCACAAGGCGCACUGUGGAACAUGUGUGCAGUAGUGAAUUCAUUGAAGAACCAAAAUCGUAUCGAUCAGGCAGAGAUAUGUCGCCUCCAUGAGGAGCUUGAUAAGGAAGAGCAGAGGUCUUCCGCCGUCCUUCUCGCCAGUCAAAGCCAGUACCACGCUUUCCAUGUCAGAACCAGCAGGCAUGAGCAAGAACUGGCCAAUUUGGAGCAGAAGUUGAAUGAUGAAAUCAGUAAUACUCACGACCAAGCAGACAAGCAUGCGGCAGAUUGCGCUCUAUUGACACGCGAAAUAGCUCUCGCUCGAGAGCGAGAGACUGUCAACCAAAGUUCCAUCCUCGAUGCCAGAGCCAAAAUCAAUUCACUCCAACAAGCCUUGACCGAGGAAACUUUACAGCGAGAACAAUACCAGGAAUCUCAAAUCACGAUGAAGAAAACACUAGACGAGAAAAUGAAGCACAUCGACGUUCUCACGCACCAAACCACAAACCAGUCCAUUCAAUUGGCAGAAUCUACAUCGAAGGAGAAUGAGCAGCAGCGAAAACUCGCUGAAGCAGAGAAAAAUGUUGGACUUCUCACUCAGCGUUGCAGUAAUUUAGAAUUUACCAUUACUGCGAACGCCAUGAGCUGCAUGGGCUCCGAAGAUGACUUGAUUCAACUUGAAGAAGAAGUCAAAAUUGCAAAGAGGGACAGGGAUGUUGCUCUCAGUCGGUUGGAUAGUGUAAUUGCGCACGAGAGGAGAAGCCCGAUUGCUGUGAUGCUUGAAAUUAUCUCUGAGAUGGAAUACGUUUUGCGUGAGAAGACUGAACAGGCAAUGCACUUUCACUCUGAUCUACGCCGGGCGGCUUCUAUUCGUACGUGGGGCGAGGCGGUCGAUGGAGGCUGGGAGGCUCGGUUGAGUGCGUUGAAAACGCGGGUUAUGGGGGAGAAACAAAGGGGGUUGCAAGACCGAUUUGAUGAUGGUGAUCAAGCGGGAGUGGUGGAGAAUGGAACGUAUGGCGAGGGUAAGAGCUUUGAGAUGGUGGUUCGAUAG